UCCUCCAGGGCUCCAGUCCACAGUACCUCGUCUCCUCCAGGGCUCCAGUCCACAGUACCUCGUCUCCUCCAGGACUCCAAAAAGACAGUAUGGAGAAGAGCCAGUAUGGACCCCCCCAGGACUUGUCUGCUCCCCCCUACCCAGGCCCCCCGGCGGGCUACCAGGGAAGUGGGGGGGGAACAGCCUACCCCCCUCAGCCUGGCUUCCAGGGAGGUCCCCAACCCGGCAUGUACCCACCACCUCCCCAAUACGGCACGGGCAUGGCACAACCUACAAACGUCCCCAGCGUAACCCAGGUGGUGGUGAUGCAGCAGCCGCUGCUAAGAGACGUACCCGGCCAGAUGACGUGUCCCCACUGUCAGGUCCCGGUUCUGACAGAGACCACACACGCCACUGGACUGCUCACCUGGGUUAUCUGUGGAUCACUCGGCUUUUUCCUGUGCUGGCCAUGCUGUUUGAUUCCGUUCUGUGUUGACUCCUGUAAGGACGUAGAACACCGCUGCCCCAACUGCAAGAGAGUGAUCCACAUCCACAAACGCAUGUGAACAGACCAAGAUGAGAUACCUGCCACAAAGUGAUCCACAUCCACAACUAGCCCCGGCCCACAGCCACUGCUGCCACAAAGUGAUCCACAUCCAUAACUCCUCAUGAAAAUAAAAAUAUAUGUUGUGAGAAGUCACAGUGUAAAGACAAUAGUCUGACUGUGGCUGAAAUGACUACUGGAAGACCAGUUUAACAUUGACUAGUGUCAGUGUGUAACAAGCUAAGGCCACUUCUAGCAGACUCUUUACACUGAUUGUAAUAUAUGUUUUCUUUCAUUCUGUGAAUCUUCAUGUUAGACAGAAAGUAGGAUUCUAUUUGUAUUGACGUUGGUAUUGAUUGGUUGUUGGGUUUUUUAAAGGGACAGUCCACAGUUGAAACAAUAAAAAAGCUGAACCCUG